CUUGUGUUUUUCUCGAAGGAAAGUUCAAAGCCAAAUCUCAAAUCAAUAAAAACCAGAAGAAAAAAAAAGAAAAAAAAAAAGAAAAGAGAGUAUGUCUUUUGCAGUUGAAUCCAUUAUAGAAGAAGAUGGAGGUUAUGAUAAGCAGAGGACAGAAGAAGAAGAAGGAAGUGGAGAAUUGGUAUAGAUUGAUGGUGGUGGUGGUUGUAAUAAUUUCCAAAUUCCACUUCCAAUGGAACUGAUUUUAGAGUUUCUAUCCAGACUUCCAAUCGAAUCUUUGAGGAGAUUGAGCUGCACCAGUAAGUAUUUAUACAACACCAUCAAUUUCAAUCCCCAUUUUAGCAGAUCUCACUUAAUUAAUUAUUCCCAAAAAUAUCCUUUUCUGGUGCUCUAUGUUAAUUCUGUUACGACGGAGAAUUCACCCAUGCUGUACAUGAACUUAUUUAAUGAUAGGAAUGUUGUUUACGAUCGUAAUGACAACCGCGACGUUAAUGUUCGUUUAACACUUCCAUACGCUCGUAAAGGGAAUUUUUUCGGAUAUUGCAAUGGUUUAAGUUGCUUCACAAAGGUGUAUAAGAAAACCGCUUUUGUUAUUGAUGUUUGGAAUUUUACUACAAAUGAAUUAUUACGCAUCAUCCCUCCAGUUAUCGUCGACAAAGAAGAUACUAGUCCAACCAGAGGGUUCGGGUAUACCCUCCUGUCUCGUGGAUUUGGUUUCGAUUCCCUUAACAAUGAGUAUAAAUUGGUACUCAUUGUAUACAUGCUCAAAACUGAGCGUCACCAGGGUUUUGUAUAUACAUCUGGAACCAAAUCCUCUUGGAAAGCAAUCAAUCUUCCAGAACAGAAACUUAAUUCAAUUCAAGGUACAUUCACUGCCUAUGGAGGAGGAGGAGCUUUGUUUUGGAAGACUUCGGAUCGUCGGACGAUUCUCUUGUUCGACCUCCAUCAAGACAAGUUUCAAUACAUCCAAAUCCCACUUGAAAGGGGUGAAUACCCCACCAGUAAGGACCACAUUUAUCUGUUCGAGAUUGAAGGAUUUUUAGGUGUUGCCAUUCUAAUUGGAAGUAGUUCUACUACUACUUUGGAGAAGGCUCACUUGAAAAUAUACAAAGACAACCAAGUUUGGGUAAAGGAGACAUUUGAUAUCUCACCAUACUUAAUUCCUUUUAGUGGCAAUUUUCGUUUUAUUAGCUUCUCUGACCAGAUUUUACUGCACUGGAUGGAUCCCAAUUGUUUUUGAUUCUUCAAUCUGCACAGUAAAUGCUUCAAGGUGGUUCGGGAACUCGCUUCAUCCAUCUGCGAGAACAGAUUACCCCAGCGUGCUACACGCGAAGACUAUUGGCUGAACUGUGACGUCCAAAACAUCUCUUCUCUGAGAACCUUGUUGCCGGAACGAGCUCAAAAGUCUGAUUUUGAAUCUGUAUGUUCGAUGAUGGUGAAAUGCAUUGAGGAUGUGUUUCGUGUGCAGGAACCAAAAACAGUUGGAGUAUUGGCAUCAUUUUUCCCAUCAAAAAUCAACCAACAGUACUUCUUUAAUGAUAAUUAGGUUUAUCUAGUGGUUUGUGGUAUUUAAUUUUGUUUAACAACAACAAAGCUUUGUUUUAUCUACUGGACAUAUUCAGUUUCUGUUGAUAGAAAUAUUAAAAGAGAAAAUUCCAAUUGAUCUCUAACUUUUGGCUUCGUCAUACUUGGCUCUAUAUUUAGGCGCCACAUUUCUUUUAUUUUAAGGCUCGGUUGGUUCUAUCAGUGUUCUGUACUUUGUCAUUGAUUUGACAGAUUGGAAGACCUACAAUAUUGUUCACUGCAAUUCCUCAUUUCCGUUCUUCUGGUGUCCGACACACUCUACAGGUACAUUUCCCUUCUUGAAUCUUGAUGCCAAAACUAUUCAGGUUACUCAUGUCAGGAGAAUAUAUGAUUCACUCAUUAUUAUUUCGGUAUUCACUCUCUGCAGUAGAAAUCACUUUGGAAAUGUAUUUUGGAUGAGUUGCGCAUUAAUACAAGUGAUUGUACCUAUGCGUUCUGUUUUGGACCCCAAUCAUUAUGCAAAUUCGAAGUUAAAAGUUAAAACAGCUUAAUGUAGACUUAUACUUAUUCCCUACUCAAAAAUUCAACCAUGGAUUUCUUUUAGCCCUGUGCCAUUGCAUUGUUCUUGGCUUCGUAAACCAAUGCCGGUUUGCUGCCAUCUUACUUAAUUCUCUAGAAUCACUUUUUUUCUUUUUGUUUAGUCGGGGGGAUCUUUGCUGUCAAUUCCCAGAAGUUUAGCCGUAGAUGAGUAAGCGUCUCAACCACUUUACUUGUCUGUGUACUUGUAUUGGUGGUAAUAUCAAUCCUGCUGUUACUCUUUGAGUACUAUUAGCAAGUAAAUUGUAUCUAAGUUGGUUUUUUUCUACCUGACAUUGUGUUGCUGUUUUCUGUGGUGCUGGAGGUGUUUAAGGGUUUCCAACCACAAAAUUACCAAAUGAACAAUGGUUAGCUCCUGGGUACGUACACCAAGGGAGAUGGUAUUGUUGCUGAAUUUAUUAGGACUUUUGUUCAAUACUGAAAUGUGAAGUCAGACACUUCUCACUGGCAAGUGAAGGUCAACUUGCAAAACCAAGAAUUGAAAUGUUGAUGGAGUCGGAACCUUCAUUGGUGGUUUAUCAAUGACAGUGAUUUUAUUUUCUUUCCUCUUUUUAGCCGUAAAUUAAUAAAUAGCUGCUCUAAUAUGUUGUUGAGUUACAGGGUCUAGUGUCCUGUUAUAAUGUAUACCCAAAUAAAUUUUAGGUGAAUUAGUAUUAUCAUUGUUAAUUUUUCUGGUGAGCCAUGUUUAAGUAAACCACGACUUGAAUUGUUUUUCUUAUGUUGAAUUGCAGGCGCUACAAUGGCAAGGCUUGCAAAAAGAACUAUCAUCUCAAAUGUCUUGAUCCGACCCUGAAGGGUUUGCCCCCUGGUGAUUAGCAUUUCGUCUGCUGUGUUAAAGAAGAAGAUAGAUUCAGGUGUGAAAUCUUUGCUGGAGCUGUAGAGUCCAAUUUAGAUGCGGAAGAAGUGGACUUGGAAGAUUCUGGAGUUGUUGAUACAGCAAAAAAAAAAAUUGUGGUAUUGAGGAACUGAAGGAGCGGCUUGUAUGUGUCCCGGCAUCAGUUUGUCGGAUACUGGGUAUUCGGCAGGCUUUCUAAUGUGCAGCCUGAGCAGUAUCGUGGUAUCCUACCUUCUGAUUCGGCAUUACUUUGUGUUCAUGUUCAAAAAAUGGAAGUAUGGAGGCUCUCCAUUGAUGUUCUUAUUUCUACUAGGAAGGUAACAUCAGGCUUACAUGUGUGGGAUAUGCUUUUGCUGUGCUGCGAGUCUGCGACCAUCUGUAUUUCGGGGAUCCUUCUUUGCAGAAAAUGCUGACGAAAAUGCUACGACCAUCUGUGUUUUCGGGAUGAGCCUUCGAUGUCCCGCAAAGUUGCAAGUGAUGUGGCAACCACACAUCCAAGCUAUGACAAGUGCCUUUUAUGUUUCAUUUUUUCUGUAAUCGCGAGUUUCUCUUCAGGUUAAUAUGAUGGUCCAUAAUACUCACCGUCGGGAAUGAAAUAAUAUGUUCGUCGUGUUUCAUUUAUUCUCUAA